AUGACAGAGGAUCUACAGCUCGCCAAUUCGGUAGCUGCCAGUGAUCCUGCGAAAGCAGAACAAUUAUAUCGGUCUAUAUUGAGUCGACAGGCAGCGGAUGAAGAUGAUCUUAGGGAUCAAGAACAAGCUCUUAUCAAACUCGGUGCUUUGUACAGAGAUCAUGAUAAAGCUCAAGAACUUGCUCAAUUGGUGGUAGACUCCAGAACGUUCAUGUCACAAAUCGCAAAGGCCAAAACAGCGAAGCUCAUCCGUACUAUGAUCGACUACUUUCCUCCUUCUUCUCGAGAACUGCAGAUGCAAGUGACGAGGGAUAAUAUCGCUUGGGCGCGAGAAGAGAAAAGAGUGUUUCUCAGACAAUCUCUUGAAAUCAAACUCAUAGGAUUACAAAUCGACGCACAGGAUUAUAGAGUGGCUCUCAGUGCUACAGACGUAUUACUCAAAGAACUCAAACAAUUAGACGACAAAAUCAUCCUGACCGAAGUUUACAUCUUAGAGUCCAGAGCCGCUCAUGCGAUACAAAAUCUACCACGAGCAAAGACCGCUCUUGUCUCAGCACGAACCGCAGCUAAUUCGGUCUAUUGUCCUCCUCUUCUUCAGGCUACCUUGGAUUUACAAAGUGGCGCACUCAACGCCGAUGAUAAAGAUUACAAAACCGCUUACUCGUACUUUUUCGAAGCGUUUGAAGGCUUUACCCAAACGGACGAUAAAGACCCAAGAGCUCUAAGAGCUUUGAAGUACAUGUUAUUGUGUAAGAUCAUGAUGAGUCUGCCUGAUGACGUUGCUCCCUUGAUGUUGCUCAAAUCGGCUGUCUCAUACCAAGGCAAAGAUCUCGAUGCGAUGAAAGCUACUGCUGUGGCAUUGAAAGAACGCAGCUUGGACAUGUUCAAAGCGGCUUUGAAAGAUUAUCAAGAGCAACUUCAACAAGAUCCGCUUAUCCGUACACAUCUCUCCAUUUUGUAUGACACUCUGCUAGAGCAGAAUUUGAUCCGGGUGAUAGAACCUUACUCGUCCGUGGAGCUAUCUUGGGUGGCACAAGAAGUCGGACAAAGUUCACAGAUUGUGGAAGAGAAACUCAGUCAGAUGAUCCUCGACAAAGUCUUUUAUGGGGUGAUCAACGAAUCUAUCGGUACACUGGAGGUUUAUGACGAGCCGGAAGAGGAUCCCAUGUACUCCACCGCACUCGACACGCUCAAACAAAUGGGCGAAGUCGUCAAGAGUCUGUACGACAAAGUGAGCAUUCAGAGCAUUUGCUUGGCUUUCGCUGACGACAAGGCCUCUGGACUAGCCUAG